AUGGCGGACCAGAGUGAAGAUGGACUUUUGGGGCUAAAUAAACCCCAAGAACUUUCUGUAAAUCGAUUUUCAUACCCUCUCCAUCGCCAGGUGUUGUCCACUUGGAUUACGACCUUCGUUAUGUUCCGUUCUCUUCAAGUACGACACGUCCAGCUCAGUCGAGCACUCGCUACACAUGCGUCCGCGCCUGCAACUCGAUCGCUCACUCGGAACGACUGGACAAAGCAAGAAAUCCAACAGAUCUAUGAUACGCCACUUUUAGAGCUUGUAUAUCGCGCAGCCUCUGUUCAUCGACAGCACCAAGACCCAACGAAAAUACAAUUAUGCACACUUAUGAAUAUUAAAACCGGAGGAUGUUCCGAGGAUUGUUCCUAUUGCUCACAAUCAUCGCGAUAUUCGACGCCAACCAAAGCGUCUCGUUUGAUCGAGCUGGAGCCGGUGUUGGAGGCAGCUCGGAAGGCAAAAGAGAACGGAAGCACUCGGUUCUGCAUGGGCGCGGCAUGGAGAGAUCUUGCCGGUCGGAAACGAGGAUUUGAGAAAAUUCUUGAAAUGGUCCGGGAAGUCCGCGGCAUGGGUAUGGAGGUUUGCACCACUCUUGGAAUGCUCUCUCCGGAACAGGCCCGUCAGCUUAAGGAGGCAGGGCUUACUGCUUAUAAUCAUAACCUUGAUACUUCUCGCGAGUUUUACCCCCAGGUUAUCACGACCCGUUCGUACGAUGAACGACUUGACACUAUUAGCGCUGUGCGCGAUGCAGGCAUCAGCGUAUGCUCAGGCGGUAUUCUUGGGCUUGGAGAGAGCGAUGCCGAUCGAGUUGGAUUAAUUUAUGAGGUUUCCAAUAUGCCAGAGCACCCUGAAUCUUUCCCCGUUAACGCCCUUGUCCCAAUCCCUGGUACUCCCUUGGAGGGAAAUGACAUUGUUCCCUACCAUACGUUGAUCCGCACCAUCGCGACCGCCCGAAUUGCAAUGCCAGCGACAAUCAUUCGUCUGGCCGCAGGUCGGAACACUCUGGCGGAAUCAGAGCAGGCGUUGUGUUUCAUGGCAGGCGCCAAUGCUGUCUUCACAGGAGAACAAAUGCUCACGACACCUUGUUCACCAUGGGAUGAGGAUAAGGCCAUGAUGGAUCGUUGGGGUCUUUCGGGAAUGCGCAGCUUUGAGCAGGAGAACGUUGCAAAGAAGGAGGGAUCCAGAUUAGAGGAAGCCCCUGAAGCGGUGGAGCGUCAAGCAGACGCGCAAUAGAUGGCGAAAUUGAAACCUGAGCCUGUGUUGUAGACCGGAAUGUAAAAUCUAAAUGUACUUUGAGCCCAGA